UGUUGUGGAAGUCAAAAUGUAGUUGAAAAUUAGGCCGUUUUUAUCUGGAAUUUAGUGUAUUGUACGUCAAAGAAAGCUCCAUUUUUCAUUUAACUAUGGCGCCAGCAAAAUCAAGAAAGAUCGUCGUGAUGGGAUUCCGUUCUGUCGGAAAAUCUUCAAUUACAAUUCAGUUUGUGGAGGGACAAUUUGUGGAUUCAUACGAUCCGACAAUUGAGAACACAUUUACCACCAAGCUGAAACACAACAGUCAAGAAUACAUACUGGAGGUCGUAGAUACUGCCGGCCAGGAUGAAUAUUCAAUAUUCCCUCAGACUUACUCAGUUGGGAUUCAUGGAUAUGUACUUGUAUAUGCAGUAACAUCUGCAAAAAGUUUUGAGGUUGUAAAGGUUAUUCAUGAAAAGUUACUGGAUAUGUCAGGUCAAAAUUAUGUUCCUAUGGUCCUUGUGGGUAACAAAACAGAUUUGCACAUGGAGAGGGUUGUCACUUAUAAAACUGGAAAAACACUUGCUGACUCAUGGAAAGCAGCAUUCUUUGAAUCCUCAGCUAAGGAAAAUAGUAGCGUGCAAGAAAUUUUCCAGUCUCUUAUUAGAGAAAUAGAGAAUCACGACCAAGAUGGAAAUGUAGACAAGAAGGACGAUUGUAACAUAUUAUGACAACUGUAUACAGCUGCAAUAGAUACUUAACCAAAAUCUAUUUUGUGAUAAAAACUCUGUUUACAUUGUUGUUCACACACACCUUGUUCUUUACAACCUGUUCACCAGUGGUAUAAUUUUGAUAAGUGAGACCAUUCCUACAUUGCAAUCACGGCCAUGAUUUGCAUCAAUAAUACAAUAAAAAUUAUAAAAUAAUAAUAAACUUUUUUUAAAGGUAGGGGUAGAAAGAUUGAGUUAGUGAUGUUACUUAGAAGUUUAGACUAAGGGAUUGGAAGUAAAAGUAAGUUUAGUUAAUAGCACUUUUUUUCUUCUGUUUGCAUUUCUUCUCCUGCAAACUGCAGGUAAUUUGUUCUUGAAACUGACCUGUUAUAACUUGGAGGCUGGGAAAGUAAUAAGUUAAAACUAUUUUUUGGAAACCUUUUUUGUUUUGAUCUAGUUUUCUCCAGUUUGGGUAAUGUCUUUCCUCCAGUGAUUCUGCUUAUUCUGAACUGUAUUCUAAGUUCCAGAGAAUCAAAUUUGUAUUGAUUCUAUGCUAUAGCGACAUCACAGAACAUUAAAAAAAGGAAACAAAUUUGAUGUUAAAUUGUUCCCAUCAGAAGGAACAACUUAAUUUUUUCUAGAACAUGUAAGUUAUUUCAGCCCAUCAUUUAACAGUCACUCACAAAACCAAAAAUCGUAGUGAAAUGCGAAUUGACAAGAGUCUGUGCUCCAAGCUCAUUCAAUCAAUCAAUCAAUCAAUCAAUUAAUCAAUCAAUCAAUCAAUCAAUCAAUCAAUCCAAUCAAAUCAAUCAAUCAACCAACCAACCAAUCAAUCAAUCAAUCAAUCAAUCAAUUAAUCUUUAUUUAAACACUAAAAUCUUAUCAUAAAAAUAGUCUUCCUCAUUCAAAGUGCAGACUGUUUUGAAGUUGCUAGAACUGUUUCACAGUGGAAGUACAUUGCUUUACAAAUUUCCUUGAUCAAUUAAAUCUUAUUAAUAUUAUUAUUAAAUCUGUGCAUUUGAUUGUCAUAUCCCAUACAUGUUAUUUAUCACCAGUUGAUUAUCUUUUGUCUUCAUUUGCCAUUUUCUUUUAAAUGGAAAACAAUAAUAUUUUAUGAAUAGAAUGUCUAUAAAAUUAAUACUUUUACUAUGAUUACAAAACUGAAAAAUCUUUUUCUUUCAAACAUUGCUGUGCUGUACUAAAUCUCUGCUGCUUCUGUUGGAUUUUUUUGUAUAAAUAAACUUGGCUUUGUGCCUCAUUUGACGUCCA